AUGCCUCAGCACCGCGGAUUCAUUCCCGACGCGAUGAAGAUCUCUGGUGACAACGCGGCACUACCUAGCGAUGCAUACAUUCCCCCCACCAGCUUUACGCCGAUCAAUCGGCCUGGAGCGCAGCUUGUGACCCCGCAGCACCUUGCAAGCUCGCCGAGUACUGACCAGACGGGGACUACCAACAGCACGGGACAGCGUAAACAACAUCAUCCUAUCAUUGCACAAUAUCUCGGCCUGGGUGCAAGCAAAGGGCCUUCGCAUCUGGAGAAGCUCGUACCUGCGCUGCCUUCGGCGCCUUCCAAGAAGCAAAAGAGGAAUCGGAAGGCGCACAAUGGAAGCAGUCCUACUAAUCCGGCUCAAUCAAAGCCUGAGAUAUCCAAACAGAGACGCAUCCCCGAUGGCAAUGUGGGCUUUCGAGUCACGAAAGCGUCCCCAAACGGUGGUAGGGCCUUUCUCAAAAGCUUGACUGCCUCCAGUGUUUCGCCCACUGCUACUGAACAUUGUAUCGGCCCACCUAGUGAAUACAGCGAGCAUGUCGAGGAAGCGCGGCGGUCUCUUUAUGAUGCUAAUGCGACUUCAAAGCGCCCUGCUCGACUGUCAAGUGACACCGGUACUACUACACUGACUCAAGCUUUGGCAGCCCUCACCAAUUCUUCGCCUAGGUCGUCUUGCACACUCGUCACCUCCAAUGCGAGUCGUCAACAACCUUGCUCCGAGGACUGGAGCCAGGGCACUAUUGCAGCUGACGAGUUCUUUGACGAUGUCUUCGAUUCAAUGGAUCUGGAUAGCACGUUUGACCCACCUGUACCUAAUACGCAACCUUCAGACGCCCAGAAUUUCUUAUCCCACCCGCAUCUCGCAGAUAGCUCGGCUACCAUCUGCGAGGAUGACGACUUUUGGCUUUCAACACCCGAACUAACAGACGAUUUCAGCUCUUCUCUUCAAUCGAAUGAAAAUAUGAACGCAUGUAAUCUGGGACUGGUCGGUAAAGGCUUCGCUGCUCACAGUUCUGUCGAAAGCAGCAAUGUAUCAGAGCCAUCCGGCAAAUUCAAUUCGCCAGUUACACGAAAGACUGAAGCUUUCAUGUCGAAAGCAGCAAUGAGCAGGAGCCAUACGACUGAUCGCAAGCCCAUCGUUAGGUCUCGGUUCCCAGAUCAAGUCCUGGAUCGCUCGCCCAUCAUCGGCUUGUCGUCGAGAUUGCUGUUAAGGACUAGUUUCCGCGUCGGUGAAGCGAUCAGUCAAGCUGCCAAAGCGACAAAGCAAGGGCAGAACCUUAUGUUCGAGCUCUACGCAAGAGUACUCUCCUCGGAACGCGAUGCAGUCAAGCAGCACUUCGUCUUCUCGGACAUAUUCCACAAGCGACCGCCUUACCUGAAGGGUGAAUACGACGCAGCCAUCUGGAAGCAAGUGGAGCUCUUCAACUACGAUAGCGGUCGGUUUCUCUCAAAAGCGGAGAUGUGUCGAUGCAUUGGUCAGAUCAGACGCAACGAAAAAGAUCAGACGUGGGUCAUGGUGGUCCUCAACAUCUGGGAGGCGACGUGGGAAGAUAUUGACUGGGUGGCAGGCAUUGUCAAGUCGUGA